GCUGUGGAUCAACUGAACAUCAAGGUCAACAACUGGCGUGACCUGCUGACGGACACACCCUUCACCCGCGCUGACCUUGUAAUUAUCCAGUGCACCGAUGACCUCUCAAAGUUCAACAUCAGCCAGUUUCAUCACGUCAAACAUGGACUAAAGAUUGAGGAUGAGGAGACAGUGCGAGCCCGGACGGACGCCUCGAUGCGCCUCAAGCACGUUUCGCAGGACACACAGCAGAUCCUGGAGGAGUUCAACCGCACGUACAAGGAGGCCGAGAAGAAGGAGGAGGAGGGAGAGAGAGUGGCGGACAAAUUCAAUGCGGCCCAUUACUCGCAAGGGAAGGUGUCGGCUAGCUUCACCUCAACCUCCGUGGAUGUGGAGACAACCCAGGUGGCGGCGGUGCUGGAGGAUGACGUGGUGAGGUACCGGCGCGUCAAGAAGAAAGGCUAUGUGUCCCUCAAGACCAACCUGGGCACACUCAACUUGGAAGUAUACUGCGACACGGUGCAGAAAGCCGCAGAAAACUUCAUCCGCCUGAGUGACCGAGGCUACUACGACGGUACCAAGUUCCACCGCUCCAUCCGCCACUUCAUGAUUCAAGGUGGAGACCCUGAAGGUACAGGGAAUGGAGGAGAAUCCAUCUGGGGCAAGCCAUUCAAGGAUGAGUUCCGUUCCAACCUGUCCCACAAGGGCCGUGGAGUGCUGUCCAUGGCCAACUCUGGGCCAGACACCAACAAGAGUCAGUUCUUCAUCACAUACCGGUCGUGCCCUCACCUGGAUACCAAGCACACCAUCUUUGGUCGGGUGGUGGGCGGCCUGGCCACCCUCUCGGCGAUGGAGGCCAUUGAGACGGACAACAAGGACUGCCCCAUCGAGGACAUCAGGAUAGAGGAGGCCGUCGUGUUUGUGGACCCAUUCAAGGAAGCUGAUAAACAGCUGGAGGAGGAGAGACGCCUCGAGGCCUUGAAGAGAAAGGCCGAAGAGGAGGAACUUAAGAGCCAAAAGCGACCCAAGACCAAGGGUGACGGGAAGCCCAAAGUGUUCCGCUCCGGCGUGGGCAAGUUCCUGGAUCUGUCCACCUCCACUCUGACUAAAGAUGAGCUGCUCCUCACAUCACAGCAGUCAAAGAAACGGAAGGCAGAAGGAUCCUAUAACUUCAACGACUUCAGUAAUUUUUGAGAUGGAGUCGUCAAUCAUCGUGGAUCAGAAUACGUAUGAAUGAAUGAACCCUUCCCUGAGCCUGUGACUAGUCUUCUGUACCUGCACCAUGCAAGGCUGUGCUCUGAGGCAAGAGACUCUGCAGGGUCCCCAGCAGGCAGCACAGUGUCCGUUGGGUGGGGUCAACCAUCAAACGACUUUGUCACAAACUCAGAACAAAGCACAAGGUGGACUUGAAGGACUUGGUACACCAAACUGACCAAAACCACAAGUGACAUUCAGAACUUGAGAACUUGGCUGAGUCUUGCAGGGUUAAGAAAAUAUUUUAUAAAUAAUCACAUUUUGUAUUGUGCUAUACCUGACACUGGUCUACAGUCUACAGCAACAUGUGAUAUCAUAAAAAAAAGGUCUAGAUUCUACAUCAGGUGAAAUUGGCACAGGGUGCCACUUAACGGACACGUUUUUGCUUCAUGGCUCAGACAAAAGCCACGAGUGUGUUGGUUUGGAAAAUAUUUCCGGCCGUGUGUUUUAAAGUUUGUACAGAUAUUUACCAACAUCUUUGUUACUGUUAAAAAAAUUGCAAUUUUACAAGAAUACUUCAUAGCAUAAAUGCACACCAGCUGCUUUGAGGAGCUUUGAACACAAAUAUUUGUCUGGAAUUAAUCACAUAUUCCUGCAUGUUAUAAAUGACGGGGAGAGUAUUGAAAGUGACCUGUGUUCCGAUGAGCCUCGGCCCAGACCCUGGCGGCCAGGGUCUGCGGGCGGAGGCAAGGCCAGCUGCCCUACACUCUCUGACAGGCGGGAGGAAGAAGUGUAGGUAGUGUUUGUGAGUGUUACGAGGGUGUGGUACUAGUGUAUGCUACUCACAUGGUGUGUCAGUACAAAUCUUACAGUCGCUUCUUUGAAAUGUUUAUAAUUGUAUGAGAUAAAGACAAAUAUUUCCCAACUGUUGGGUUCCUAGGCGUCACUAAGGAGCGUAAUUAUUGGUUAGUGACGGACGCCGGGCGCAGGGCAAGGCUGGCCCGCCCACUGGCCCUUGGUGCCUCAGGGACACAGUCAGGCCAAACAUCAAGUGAUGCUUCAGGAGGAGGAUAAAACCACAUUUUCAGUAAUAUUAAUAAUGAUUAUAGUUCUUUUUACAAAAUCUAUAAUACCAUUUCUGCUAAUGAUUCAAUAAUCAAAUAAUUCUAAAAAGAUAUACAAAAGAGCCUGGGAGUCACACUCCGCCAAAGAUUGCCGUGCCAGCGUCAGUAAUGGCCGGGACCGCCACCGUCCUCGUGGCAACGGUCAACCAAGAACAGUAACAGCAGCCAAAAAUAUAAGAGUGGAGCCAUCAUACCUUGUAGUUGGCCUCCAGUUUGUACUUCUGGUAUGAUACAUUAAUGGCUACACAAAGAGACAAGAGUAUAGCAAUUAUGAUGAGGUGGAGAUGAGGGUCAGUGGGCAGCCUGCAUUUUUCCAGAGUAGGACAACAAUGGACUGUACCGCACACUACAGUGAUGAGUGGAUGAGAGCCUAACUAGUGUUAUUAAUAAAAGACUAAAACUUAAUGAAUUCAGUGAUUUAAGAGUAAACAAUAUAAUCAUAAAAAUAUCCUGGCUUUCUAGGUUACAUGAUUGUUGUCUUUGUUAUGAGUUAUUGUCUUGGGCAUAAGCAGAACAGAGGUUUCGAGCAGGUCUUAUUAACUACAGAUUGAAAAUUUCUUGUUAUUAAAAUGAUGGAAAUAUAAUAUUAUUCAAACCUUUUCAA